CCGAUAGGUUAGUUCUCUCGCUGGACAGAGGAGGCGCUGCAGCGCAGGCGCACUGCUGCCGCCGCCGCUCGAUGGCCGCCGCCGCCGCAUCACCUUCUCUUCCGCCUCGCACUCAGCACCUCUCGGCCUCCCCUCCCUCGCAGCUUCUUGCCGUCCCAAUCAAGACUCGCCAAACCCCUCGAGCACGGUCGGAUGCGAUGGUCAGGUCGCCGGCGGCCCCAACCCCAACCCCCAGGUCGCCGGCGGCCCCAAACCCGAACUCCAGCUUGCCGGCGGCCCCAAACCCGACCCCCAGGUCGCAGGCUGCCCCAACCCCGACUCCCAGCUCGCCUGCUGCAGAUCUUGAGAAGCACAAGGUUACUAAUGAGCUCUUGCGUGCCAUAAAAAUUGAGAAGGCUAAUGACCCGGAUCUUGAAGAGCACAAGGGUGCUGGUGAGCUCCUUACGGAACCACCAAAGUGCAAGAAAAGGAAGCGAAGUAGGCAGAGUAGUGGCAAGCUUCAUGGGGAACACGAAGAAACGAACAAAGUCGUCAUGAAGCUGUCGACGUCCAAGAAAAAGAGGAAGGCAAGUGAAGGAAUGUGCACUAAUACACGGGCACCGUUGUUUGGACCUUUGGCCGUUGACAUGGAUAAGCAGCCACCACCAUUGAAGAAAAAAAGGCUUAAUAAGAUCGCCAAAAGGCGGAACCAACAGUUGGAGACCAUGGUGGUGAGCAAGACGAUGCUGGAACCACCUAAGCUAACAAGUUGAAUUCGUCAUCAACCUAUCUGUUGCUGGAGUUGUUCUUCAAGAAUCAGGUCCUCUGUUCAGACUCUGUGGACAUUCGUCAUCAACCUGCCAUGCGCUUCAUGCAUUCGUCACCAUUUUAGUGUGCUCGGCCUUGCAUUUUCACUUGAUCAGUAGUUGUGUGUUCGCGCCAUCGUCGAGACUCUGCAACUUUAAUUGUUGUCUUGGCUUGCACUCUUAUUAUCCUCUCGUAAAUCGAUUCAUCCGUAUAUGUAACUGAAGGUUUAGUGGAUU